AUGGCUUCAAGUAGGCAUCAUAUUUCUCAAGCCGAUAUUAUUUCCAAUCAUUCUCCAAUUGAAAUAAUAAAUCCACUAUCAUAUUCAAUCUCUUUACCUUCUCUCCCAAUUGAAAUUGUAGCAGAAAUCUUUUGUAGACUCCCGGUAAAGCUUCUCCUUCAACUUAAAUGCCUCAACAAGUCCAUAAAUUCUUUGAUUUCUGAUCCAAAAUUCACAAAAAAGCAUCUUCAAAUGUCAAUCACGCGCCACAACGUCAUCUUAAAAUCCAAAGAUAAGUCCCAUGUAAUCUCUUACCCACUUCAAUCCAUUUUUAACUCAAUCAUCCUUAACCCUACCCAACAUGAUAUCCCUUUCAACGAAAAACACUUCAACAUCAUCGGAUCUUGUGAUGGAAUCCUUUGUUUAGUUGUCAACCUAUUCAGUGUUAUUCUAUGGAACCCUUCCAUUCAAAAGUUCAAAAGGUUACCUUCUUUGAAAAAUCCAUUUCAAAGAGAUAGAGAUGUUAAUGUGGAAUAUGGUUUUGGAUAUGAUACAUCAAUUGACAUUUAUAAGGUGGUUGCUAUUUUUAUUAAUGCUAGUGUUAAAAAAGCUAAAAUUAAGGUUCAUGUUUUGGGUACUAAUUCUUGGAGAAUGAUUCAAGGGGAUAUCCCUGUUCCGGUUAUUGGAUCAUUGUGUUUUGUGAGUGAAAAGUUUAAUUGGUUGGAUGAUACCGAUUAUAAUAUUAUCUCUUUUGAUUUAGUGAAUGAAUCAUAUAACAAGUUUAUGCUGCCUAAUUAUGGAGUUGAAAAUAUAGCUAGUUUGGUUUUGGAUGUAUUGAAGAGUUGUUUGAGUAUCAUAGUUCAAAGAUAUGAUUUUUUUGAUGUUUGGCAAAUGAAGCAAUAUGGAAAUGAAGGGUCAUGGACUAAAUUGUGUCGAGUUUCUUUUCCUUCGUUUGUUACCCAUGCCAAGGCAAUAUGGAUUUUCGACGAUGAUAAAUUGUUGCUGGUAUGUGAAGAAUUAUUGAAAACGGAUAUGGUUGCUUUCGAUAUCAAUAGUGGUAGUUUUAUGAUUCCAAAGAUGCAAAUUAGUGAUAGUUUGUUUUACCCUAAAGUGUGUAUUGAGAGUUUGAUAUCACCUGAUGUUUGA